UUCUAGCAUGUUAAGAUGUCAACGUUUUUCAUUCUUAUGAGUGAAUGCAGUGAUCAAAAUCCACCAACCACCGCAGAUUUUUCUGACCAGUCUCCGCCUUCAAGUGGGCAGGAGAAUUUAUCUGCAAAGCCAGAAGAUGUAUCACCCUCUGUCCCUGAGUACAGUGAAUCUAAGCAAGAGACUCUGCAAGGAGGCCAUCAGUAUUCAGCUGUUCGUACAUCCCCCAACUAUAGUUUUGGUUUUAUGCUGCCACCAACAUUAGGCAGUCAGCUCGCACCUUUUGAAAACUCUGAAUCACAGUCUCAUGAUGUUUCUCGUCUUCCAAACUUUGUUGUUCAGCAACCAAUUGACCCAACAAACUACUAUGCCCAGUUCUACCGCUCCAGUGCUGAUGGUGAUGGCCGCAUUUCACCCUUUCAAUCAGCAGGAGUUUCUACCAAGUACAACGGCAAUGUUGCAGUUGUGGCUCCACAAACUUCUCAAUCUGCUCAAGAGAAUGAUUUGCAGGGAGGAAACACUCUUGUUUUAUCUACAGCGGCUCCAACAGCACUUGCAACUCAAGCUGCUGGGCUUAUGCAAAGUUCAGCAGCUGUAACUCAGCAACCUCUCCCUGUAUUUCGACAAGCUGCAGGGAUGCAUCUGCCCCAUUAUCCUCCAAAUUAUAUUCCAUACGCUCACUACUUUUCCCCAUAUUAUGUUCCACCAACAGCCAUCCAUCAAUUCUUAAGCAAUGGUGCAUUUCCCCAGCAACCUCAGGCUGGUGGCGUAUAUCCACCUCCACCAUCUGCUGCUGCUGGCAGAUACUCACUUUCACAAUAUAGGCCAGGAGCUAAUGUGGGAAACUCAACUCACAGUGGAGUGCCUGGCUCAUAUGGGCCAUAUGGAUCCUCCACAGCCAACUAUAACCCUAGUUCAACUACAGCAGCUGGAAACCCUGCUUCUAAUGAUGAUCUUUCUGCUGCUCAAUUUAAGGAAAACAAUGUCCACGUGAAUGGACAACAACAGAGUGAGGGCUCAGGUGUGUGGAUUACUCCAGGCCGAGAUUUAUCCAGCUUGCAAGCAAGUUCUUUUUAUAACCUACCCCAGGGUCAAGUGGCUUUUACUCCCGCACAACCUGGCCACGGAAACCUUGCUGGUCUUUAUCAUCCAGCACAACCGGUAACUGCACAGACUGUUCAUUCACUUAUGCAACAGUCACAGAUGAUGGCUGGUCCGGAUAUGGUAGGACCAACAGCCACUGUCUAUCAGCAGCCUCAACAUUCACAAAUUAACUGGCCGAGUAGCUACUAAGGAGCUGUUCCUGUCAUUUGUAAACCACAAAGAAAAGAAAUGAAAUUAUUGAUUGGAAUUUUGGGGCUACGAUUAGUUUGGAGAUGGAGGAAGCAUCCAGCAAAUGCCAAAAAGACAAUCACUGUGCAGGUUGACUGUAAAUCUAUGAGAGAUGCCCCUCCUGGGGGAAAAAAAACGAUGAGGUAUCACUUUUCUUGCUUGGGAUUGAGGAUGCAAAGAGUAUAUCCUCCUGUAACGAAUAGUGACAGUCUUUUAGUUUUGUUUGAGGCAGGCAGGCAUAAGCAAAUCGAUUUUCCAUUACAUUUUGGUAGCCCUUCGAUAGUUUUCAGUAUUAACUCUUUUCUUUUCAGUCAAUUUUUCGAGUUUCUUUCCUAUAUAUCCUUCUUUGGUAGGUUUAGGGCUUCCUAAAGCAAUGUGAUUUUUAGGGGAUUUUCAUACAUUUUCUUCCCUUUUUGGCUCCAAUCUUCUUUAUCUGUAAAGUUAGUUUUGACAUUAGAAACAGGCGUAGUUGGACUGCUGUAAUUGGUGCUUGGCACAAGCAAGAUGCUGCAUUCUUUCAGUUUUGCUGGAUUACUUACAGUGGUGAGCAUGGUGGGGUAAAUUGGUAUGAUACAGCUUUUAAAGCUCUUGGUACAUUGGAAAUUUUAAUAUCUUGCCGAUGCCCAAGAGUUUCUGUGAUUUUAUAUUUUUUCUUUUAUUCAA